UUCUUCGACAUAUAUUUCCAUGUUCAUUAAUACUACGUAUGAGAGGUUGAGUAUUUGUAGAACUUGACAUACGUGCUUGCACCUCAGGAACGUGUUUCUGACACCUAUUUCUCUUCAGUAGGGAUAUGUCCUCAGCACCAACUACUCCUCCAUCAGUGGAUAAAGUAGACGGAUUUUCUCGGAAGUCCGUCAGAAAAGCCAGACAGAAGAGGUCACAAAGUUCCUCACAGUUUAGGUCUCAAGGCAAGCCUAUUGAGUUAACACCUCUGCCACUGCUGAAAGACGUUCCAACCUCAGAGCAGCCUGAACUGUUCCUAAAGAAACUGCAGCAGUGCUGUGUCAUUUUUGACUUCAUGGACACCCUAUCUGAUCUUAAAAUGAAAGAAUACAAGCGCUCCACUCUUAGUGAACUGGUGGACUACAUUACAAUAAGCAGAGGCUGUUUGACAGAGCAGACUUACCCUGAAGUAGUUAGAAUGGUAUCUUGCAAUAUAUUCAGAACUCUCCCUCCCAGUGACAGCAAUGAAUUUGAUCCAGAAGAAGACGAACCUACCCUGGAGGCCUCGUGGCCACACCUACAGCUUGUAUAUGAAUUUUUCAUACGAUUUUUGGAAAGCCAAGAAUUCCAACCCAGCAUUGCCAAAAAGUACAUAGAUCAGAAAUUUGUAUUGCAGCUUUUGGAACUAUUUGACAGUGAAGACCCUCGGGAACGGGACUACUUAAAGACAGUUUUACACAGAAUUUAUGGCAAGUUUCUUGGUCUUAGAGCAUUUAUCCGAAAACAGAUUAACAAUAUUUUUCUAAGGUUUGUUUAUGAAACAGAACACUUCAAUGGCGUAGCUGAACUGUUGGAAAUAUUAGGAAGUAUUAUCAAUGGCUUUGCUUUACCUCUGAAGGCAGAACACAAACAGUUUCUGGUGAAGGUGUUGAUCCCUUUACACACGGUCAGGAGUUUAUCACUCUUCCACGCCCAGUUGGCAUAUUGUAUAGUACAGUUUCUGGAGAAAGAUCCUUCACUAACAGAACCAGUUAUUAGGGGGUUAAUGAAAUUUUGGCCUAAAACAUGCAGUCAAAAAGAGGUCAUGUUCCUUGGGGAGCUAGAAGAAAUUCUGGAUGUGAUUGAACCAUCACAAUUUAUUAAAAUUCAAGAACCUUUGUUUAAACAAAUUGCCAAGUGUGUAUCCAGCCCCCAUUUUCAGGUGGCAGAAAGAGCUCUCUAUUAUUGGAAUAAUGAGUACAUCAUGAGUUUGAUAGAAGAAAACUCCAAUGUCAUCCUUCCCAUCAUGUUUUCCAGCCUUUAUAGGAUUUCAAAAGAACAUUGGAAUCCGGCUAUUGUGGCACUAGUGUACAAUGUGUUGAAGGCAUUUAUGGAGAUGAACAGCUCCAUGUUUGAUGAACUCACAGCAACGUACAAGUCAGAUCGGCAGCGUGAGAAAAAGAAAGAAAAAGAGCGUGAAGAAUUGUGGAAAAAAUUGGAGGAUCUGGAGUUAAAGAGAGGUCUUAGACGUGAUGGGAUAAUUCCAACUUAACAAAAAUCUGACACAGUACUAACCUGUGGAAUCACACCUUCAUGUAGUAGAAGAUGGAGCAACAGUUUUCUGUGUUGUGCAACUUUACAGUAGAUUUCACAUUUGUUUCAUUAUUACAACAGCACUGUAUAUACCCUGUCUCUAAGUAAAAGAAAAAAAAAAUAAGGACUUCAAUCCAAAGUUUGGACAGUAGAUGGACUUCUCAGAACUUUGCAAACAUAAUCAUUGUUUUAACCCUCUUAAAAACAGACAGAAAAGCAGUCUUCAAAGAUCUGUUGAUGAAAUUGCUAUGUUAAAAUUCCAUUAUCAGGAGGAGUUCCUUAUUUAUCACUAGCAGAGAUAUGAUACCAUUUGCAAAUGUGAACAAUCUUAAAUUCAACUUGUCUUUCUGCUAAGUUGGUAAAUGUAUUUAUAGGAAAGAAAGGGGGAAAAAAGACUGUCAUUUCCUUAUGAGUUUGUGUAGCUUCUUCCUCUGGAUAACUUGACUGUAACUUGACAUCGUUUCCUUUUGCACAUCUUCAUGAGUUAAAUGUCCAUGUGGAAAAGGGCCAUGCAUUGUAACGGUCCCUGAUGAAAGUUUUGUCUACUGGAGUAAACAUCUUUCCAGUAACCAGGUAGUCCUGGUACUCCUCUAGGUUUAAAAUUAGGAGUUAAAAGAGAAGAGGUGAUAAACAUGGUAGGAAAGGGAAUUUUGGAUUCACGCAGAAGUUUAUGGUGAAUCCAAAUCAAUGUCUUGAAUCCUUUGAAAACAGGCACUGGGACAUCACAGGCUUCAGUACCUGAGCAGUAUUAGUUGCAUACAUCAUUGAAAAUAUGUACCAGAGGUGUUUUAGAAAAGUCAGAAAAACAUCCUUUUGCACCAUAUGACAUAAGAAAGACAAACACUAAAGCAUACAACCAUGAAAUUGAUCGCCAGGAUUGCGAAUCUGAUUGGGAAAAGAGAUGAGCAAGCAGCUUGGACUGUUUGGAUUUGUUGCCUUACUUUUUAAUAUGUAUUUAUAAAGUAUUUCAGCAAAAGAGGAUGUAGCCUCUGGGAAAAAGACAAACAUGUUACAGUGUUUUUUGUAGAUUCUCGUUCUGUAUCUCAUCACAACGCCAGCCCUGUUUUUAGCCAGAAAGGAUUCAGGAUUGACAUUAUGCAUUCUGAAUGGGAUGCAUAUUCCUAACUACUGUAUUUGUUACCAAAAGUGGUUCUACAAAUGCUACUGAAAAAUCUGGAAAUCUCUAAUGUCCUGAGUAUUAAUAAUAAAGUUUAAAAAUGCUUUUAUAUCAAAGGUGCAUUGUGACCAAAUUGUUUAAGAAAAAGCAAAAACAAAAUCUAGGGCUGUAUUAUAGGUAGAUCUUACUGGCUGUCUGCUUUGUAUUAGAAGAGGAAUCUCGCGUCUUGGGUAGGUAACUUGCUGAUAGAACUUGUGUACAAUAUGUGCUUACCCACUGCGGUUGCAGUGUUGUGUACUGAAAGAUUUGUGCUCUGGGAUUUGUUUCCUGGACGCUUUUGCUCGUUACAGGCAUGGCAGCAGUGAGAUGAUAAUCCCGAACCAUCACUUCUAACAGUACUCACGGUAUAGAGCUGAUUCUAUGUUCAUACGUUGAGUUGUGAUAGUAGCAAACAUGAACAUAGGAGCUGUUGUUGCUCUUAAUUAGAAAUGCAAUAUAAAUAUGGGCUUGUAUAUUUUCUUCCUUCCAUUUAAAUAUAAAGUAGAAUUUGCAGUUUGUUUCCAAGAAAAAGGGAAAAAAAAAAAAAGCUGCUGACCUUACUCCCCUAUGACGUGUUUCCAUUUUACCGAUCAGGUCACAGUGUAUAUAUAAAGUCAGCUAAUUAUGGAUAUUGUUAUCUAGGUAAUUUUCUAAGAAGUGAAAACAAAACCAAAAUCUAGCUUUGUUAAUUCCUAAGAAACAGCAAUUUACAAAGUCAUAUGCACCGGGCUAGGGAUUUAGCUCAACAGUUUGGUGGCCUGCCUUGCAAGCGCAAAGACCCGAAUUCAA